AUGAGUGAGUAUCUACCAAGCAGCGAUGGUUUGAUGCGCUCAACACUGCGCGAAACCAUUAGGCGCAUCCGCCGUAUUCGCGCGCGUGCAGGUCGUGAAGAUGAAAAGGAGCAUGAAACCACCGGCGACCCUAUGCGGGACUUGUCGCUGGCGUUUAUCCGGUGUGUCGACCGAACAAAGGAGGCUAUUAGGGAGCGCAACACGGGUGCAAAGGAGUAUGGGCAGGACCGUAUGACCAUUGAGCAGUCCAACGCCAUCCGGAAAGAUAUUCGAACAAUGGAGACACUAAUGGAUGAAAUGAAGAAGUUUGUAGACACCUCUGAGGCGGCGCUGGCUCGCGAAAACCGGAAAAAGAAACCGAGUAAACGGAAACUCGGACUGUUUGAGAAGCAGCGCGACGAGCGGACGGCGCAGUACAAGGAAUGCCUCGCCACUCUAGAGCUGGUGCGGGAUUUAGACCAGCAGCGCACCCCAGUGGGGAAAAAGGAUGUGGACUUGUCGCAGGAACUUCAGAUGGGUCGUAAAGCGCAGUUACGGGCGCAGCUGCUUACGAUGCGGCGCCCACGCAAGGGUGAAAACGGCCACGCAGACCCUAACGAGGGUUUGGAGCUGCAGGACGAUACGGUGGGCGGUGGCCGGCUGGAGGAGAGUGAGGAGACGAAGGAGUCUAUGGCGACGAUUGCAGCGCAGAAUGCCAAAAUUGAUGCCGGCCUAGAUCGAUUAAAAGCUGGUGUCGGUAGAUUGCAAAACUUGGCAAUGGAGAUUGGAGCGCAGCUCGAGGUGCAGAAUCAGAUGCUGGACAAGACAGAACAAACGAUGGAUGCACAAGCGAACAAGCUACGCAACAUUAACCGCCGUCUUACUAGGUUCAUGAAGGAGACAAAACCAGUGAAUACGUUUAUGAAUGUCUGUUGCAUAUUACUAAUUCUGUCCCUCGUGGGGUUCUUCCUCGUGCAAUUCAAUGUGAUUUGA